GAUAUUUGGAAUGAAACAUGGUAUCCCAAGGUUGCAGACCAUGUGAACACAGACAAAUCUUGGUAUAUUGUGGAUGCCACUAACAAAAUUCUUGGAGGAUUGGCAUCAACUAUAGCAAUAUAUAUCGGAGGGAAGAAUCUCGCAACAUACACUCCCAAUGUGGACAAGGGUGCAUUUGUAAUAGUGGUUAAUGCUGAGAAGGUUGCUGUAUCUGGAAAGAAGAGGACCCAAAAACUUUACAGGAGGCACUCAGGGAGACCUGGUGGGAUGAAAGUAGAGACUUUUGAUCAACUUCAACAGAGAAUUCCAGAAAGAAUUAUUGAGCAUGCUGUCCGUGGCAUGCUCCCAAAAGGGAGGCUUGGUAAACAAUUAUUUAACCAUCUUAAGGUUUAUGAGGGUCCAGACCAUCCUCACGACGCACAGAAACCAACCGAGAUACCUAUAAGAGACGAGAGGAUACAGAAGCAGCGGUAG